GUAAAGCUCUCUCCCACAGCUUGUACGCUUAUAUUGUUGUUGUCAGAGCAUGCUGGUUUCUCACGCACUAACACACACACACACACACACACACACACACACAACAUAUAUACUUGCAAAGGGAGUCAAGUUAAUCUAUAUACACUUUCUCACUGUUUUUUUCUCCUGCCUCCUCAGCCAUAGCUGCCUGUAGCCAGACUUGAGGAGAGACACAGAGCCCUGAGGAGAGAGAAAGAGAGAGAGAGAGUGUGUGUGUUGUGCUGAUCACAGAGGCUGCAGCCCCCAGCCUUUCCUCUGCUGCUGCUACAGUACGUGUGAAAGGCGGAGAGGGAGAGGCAGCGGAGGCAGAGCUGGUGUUUGUCUCUGAGACUCGGAGGGAAGAGGAGAGCGCUGUGAGCUGUGCGGUGCAGAGCAGAGACAGUCGGUCCUCUGGUAUGUGUCCAGUGUGAGCGACUCAGUCCAGUCCCCUGCGCACCUCUGCCGCUGUCUGAUCAGCAGGACUCUGACCACCGGCCACACAAACAGGAAUACCUGUAUCCACUGAAGCGGUCUGUGUAGAGGAGCAUGUUGUGACAGCCAUGUCUCUGGAGAUGGAGAAGACCAUCACCAAGCUGAUGUAUGACUUCCAGAGGAACUCCACCUCUGAUGAUGAUUCUGGAUGUGCACUGGAAGAAUAUGCCUGGGUUCCCCCCGGCCUCAGUCCUGAGCAGGUCCAUCAGUAUUAUAACUCCUUACCAGAAGAGAAGGUCCCUUACAUCAACAGCCCUGGAGAGAAAUAUCGCAUCAAACAACUGCUUCACCAGUUGCCACCACAUGACAACGAGGUGCGUUACUGUAACUCACUGGACGAGGAAGAGAAGCGAGAGCUGAAGCUCUUCAGCAACCAACGGAAGAAGGACAACUUGGGCAGAGGAAGCGUGCGUCCGUUCCCUCUCACCAUCACCGGGGCAAUCUGCGACAAGUGUGGUGGUCAGAUAAAUGGAGGGGACAUUGUGGUUUUUGCUGCGAGGGCCGGUCAUGGAAAAUGCUGGCACCCUCAUUGCUUUGUCUGCAGCAUGUGUGAGGAACUGUUGGUGGAUCUCAUCUACUUCUACCAGGAUGGCAAAAUCCUCUGUGGCCGGCACCAUGCCGAGAGGCUGAAACCCCGCUGCUGCGCCUGUGAUGAGAUAAUCUUUGCUGAUGAAUGCACUGAGGCAGAGGGCAGGCACUGGCACAUGAAGCACUUCUGCUGCUACGAGUGUGAGACCACCCUCGGCGGCCAGCGCUACAUCAUGAAGGACGGAAGGCCACACUGCUGCAACUGCUUCGAGUCCCUUUACGCAGAGUACUGUGACGCCUGUGGAGAGCACAUAGGUAUUGAUCAAGGCCAGAUGACAUAUGAUGGGCAGCACUGGCAUGCAACUGAGGAGUGUUUUUGCUGCGCCCGUUGCAAGCGCUCCCUGCUGGGCCGCCCCUUCCUGCCAAAGCAGGGGCAGAUAUUUUGCUCACGGUCCUGCAGCGCUGGACAGGAUCCAGAUGAAUCCGACUCCUCAGACUCAGCCUUCCAAAGUGCCCGUUCCCGUGAAUCCCGCCACAGCACCAAGAUUGGCAAAAAGGAGCGCAGGAAUGCUGAGCAGGAGCGGCGGAGUUCUGAGGGCCGCCAGUCAGCUCCUCCACCCAUGCCCGACCGUCUGUCUGCUGAAAUCGAUCCCCUCUCUGUUCAGAUGGACCGCUUAAGCCUCUCAUCUAGCCAGACCCCGAGCAGGACGCCAAACCGCACGCCCAGCCGCACUCCGAGCCGUGCCCCGAGCCUUAACCAGGUGUGGAUGAGCCGGGAUGACCCCUAUGUCCCUGCUGCCUAUGAGGGCCCCCAGAGGGAACCCUCCCCCACACCAGCACCCAUACAUUUGCUGGGUCAGUGUAACCCGAGGCAGGGCUACAACCCCAACGCAAACGCUCAGACUGCUGCCAAUGGAGGGAAGAGGCCUGAUUCCUGGGGGAAGGAACAAGGCAACGCCAAGAGGACCCCUAUGGCUGCUCUGAGGGGCCACUCCUUUAAUGAAAACUGGACCCACCACAGCCAGGAUGAGUUCAGGCCCAACAAGCUACGCACCCAGAUGAGCUUCAAUGAGAUGUCUAGCCAGAACCAGGGCUUCUCCGACAAGAGGAGCAUCAGCCUGCACGGAUUCCAGAGAGACGGCAGACCCCCGCUGACCAGGAGGAAUCCCAUCAAUGCCAUGAGCUUCAAUGAGCCCCUCACUCCUCUAGAGCAGACUCCUCGUGGAUCCAUGGACUCCCUCACUAUGUCCAAUGCGACAGCAGGCAACUCUCUGGAUGGGGUCACUAAGCGUCAGGAGCAUUUGUCCAGGUUCUCCAUGCCUGACCUGAGCAAGGACUCGGGCGUGAAUGUGUCUGAAAAGAGCAACAUGGGCACCCUCAGCUCUUCAGUCCAGUUUCACAGUACAGAGUCGCUGUCCUCUUCUCGCCCCUACAACAAUAACAUGUACACUCCACUGAGAGUUGGCUACCCUCUGCAGUACUGGGAUGGCCCGCAGCCACUGGGCUUCGACAGCAAAGGUCACGUCGGGGUGAUGGGCAGCAGUGGAAACCUGCGGAUGGCUCCUAUGAGCGACAGAAUGCCCCGCCGACGCAUCAGCGCGCAGGAAUCCGUGUCACAGCAACAGCAGCCACAACCAAGACGCCGCAAACACCACCGUGGGAACCAUGGUAAUGGGCAGCACCGCAGUGGGCGCCACCACAAACGCUCUCGCCGCUCCCGCUCUGACAAUGCCCUGCACCUGGUGGCGGACCGGCCUGCUCAAUUGGUAGAGCUACCCUACCGCCGCGUCCAGGAGGAUUAUGAUCGCUUCCCCUCUGGUAGCGCUAAUCGGGAGUUGUUUGGUCUGGAUCCUGGUGGUUACAGACAGCAGCCCCACCGGCCCUGCCCCCGCACCACUUCUGAUCUCACCCUGCAGAAUGCUGGCUGGCAACCUGUGGGGCUGGGUGGGCCAUGCUGGGGCGAUGGCUACAUGGAGGCUGCUGACCCCUGGUGCUCCAGCUGCUCCUCUUCCUCCGAGUCCGAGGGAGACGAGGGCUAUUUCCUGGGUGAACCCAUCCCUCGGCCCGUGCAGCUUUGCUACAUCAACAACGAGGAGCUGCGCCAUCGCUACAGCCCCUCUGGGAUAGCUGGCCAUCAUGGACCUCUGCACGGACCGAUUCAUGGCCAGCUGCACACCCGCCAGAGGAGGAAGAGCAAAAACUGCAUAAUUUCUUAGAUAUAGAGCAAAGAGAUGGUUAGGGAUGAGCAGGGGAGUGAAAGAGAUGAGAGAAAGAGAGGUAAGGAGACGGUUAAAGCAACAGAGAGGUGGAACACAGGGAGUGGGAAGGUGAGAGUGAGACAGAUGACAGCGAGAGUGAAAAGUGUGUACGUGUAUGUGUGUGUAUAUGUGAGUGUGUGUUGGGGUUGAACAGAGAAAAGGCCUAUUUUCUGUGCUUGUGAGCUUACACAACUCUACACCGGGUAGUGUUUGUGUACACCUACACAGAAUGAUCUAAUCAUAAGAGGAAGCUCAGCUGGCUUACACAACAGAAAUGUUUACAAUGAUGGAGAUCAACUCCUGAUGGUACCAGGAUGCACUGAUGAAUUUGACUACUAAAUAUACCGUGGUCAAGGUAAAUAACCCGAUGUAUGUGCGUGUCUGUGCGUGAAUCCAUGUUUACAGAGAGACUGAACAAUUCCUUUACAGUCUGAAAAAAGGGAAGUACAACUGGUCAAACUCGCAGCGAUGUGACUGUUGAUGUCGCAGCUCAGUGAUCCAAGCCCUGGGCAGUAAAACUUAUUCUUUGUGGACAAACCAGAAAUUGUGUUGGGAUAGUGAAAGUUACGUGCUAGAUUCCAAGCUAUGUCAUUGUUUACCUCAGUGGAAUCCAAAUGCUGCUGGAAUAUAGUGUUGGCUCGCUAGCCCCGUUAUCACCUUGUACAAAUAGUCUGUUGAACUUUGUGCUCUACAUAGCCAGCUCUCCAUGCUUUACCAAGGACAGAGCGCCGGCCCGGACAGCCUCUGCUCCUUGACCAUUCAGGCACAGUAACGUCAGGUAUGGUCCCGUUUUCUCUUCUGCAACAUGCUUUGUUUUUUGAGAGUUACCCUUAGAUAAUUAAGAAUUAUAAUAAUAAUAUUAAUAAUAUUAUCACUAACAAUAAUAAUGCAAACUAUAAUUAUGAGAAUAUUAAAGAAUAAUACCUGUUAAAUGUAUAUAUAGUAAUAAACUUAAUAAAGUAAUGGAUGGAGUAAUGUAAAUGUUCUGUACAUAUGGUCUUAAAUAUUUAUAUAUUUUGUAACUAAAGAAUCAUUAUUUGUAUAACAUGAUGUAGAGAUAGGGAGACUUGCAUGUUGAUUUGUUGUUGUUGUCUCAUACUGAAAAUAAAGUGUACUUCAAUGAACAACCAGACAGUUGUAUCAAAAGUUGUUCUGAUUGGUCAGCUUGAGUGACACCAGUUGUGCACCAGAUCCACACUCCAGACUACUUUUAAAAGGACAGUUCACUCCAAAAUCAAAAAUACAUGUUUCCUCUUACCUGUAGUGCUAUUUAUCAGUCUAGAUUGUUUUGGUGUGAGUUGCCAAGUGUUCGAGUUAUCGGCUGUAGAGAUGUCUGACUUCUUUCCAGCAUUAUGGAACUGGAUACCACUCAGCUUGUGGUGCUCAAAGUGCCAAAACAAAAAACUCAACAGCAAUGUCUCUUUCCAGAAAUCAUGACCCAGUUACUCAGGAUAAUCCACAGACCUUGUUGUGAGCAGUUUCAUGUAGGAACUAUUUUCUUUUGACAGACUACAUCCCCCAACUGCAUCACCAUGCAGAAGGUAGAGUGCAUCUACUCAUGGACAAGAGGCUCGUGCUGAUGGCAAUACAAGAUGUAAACAUUAUUGGCGUCCUCCAUGGCUGAGCUGUAGAGGAAAGUCUCACUGCAAAGUCGUCAAAAUCUGGUGUUUGGGCAGUGACUUUCGGUAUCAGAAAAUAAUGAAAAAAGGCAUCCUUUAAUGUCGGCAUGACACGCAGCGGUUUGCCAUUGUAGUUUAACGCCGCCCGGUGGCGUCAGGGGGAAACGCAGUGGGACAAGAACAAAAGUUAAGGCUGGCAAAGUGUGAAUGGGGCGGGUGUGAGGGGUGGUGUAUGGGUCCAACAAGCACCAACUUUCACAUGAGAGAGCAGUGUUCGCAUCCUGUAGGAUUCUAAAGCCAAGCCCUGUUCUUUUUUCCGAAACCCAACCACUUCCUCUUGUUGCCUAAACCUAACCGUGUUUUUGUUGUCUAAAGCCAACCAUUUGUGUUUGUCAUUGAAGGCAAAAAAACAUCAAUGUGCGGUAUUUUACGGAUGUAGUGCAUUUCUUUUGAAAGAGACUUGUGUAAACCAGUGGCGGCUGCUGGUCUUUCAAGGAAGGGAAGCUCAUUUUCGGCCUACAUCAUAAAAUGUGUCCGUUUAUUUAUACGUAAAUUCUACCCUCUGGGGCUGCUGCGCAAGGCUAGUGUGACCGCCUGUGAGUGCUUUGGGAUGGUGGAGGGGCUCACAGCAGCACCCGCUGCUCGUUGGGGACAGUAACCGCAGAGCGACAGAAGUCACAGUCUCCAAACACAAGUACAGUCUCCAAUAAAAAGAUGCUAGAUUUGUCACUAGUCAUUUUUAACAAAGAAAAAGUCACUAAGAGGAUUGGAGAAGUCUCCAGAUCAACUCGGAACAACGGAAUGAAACUUGAAAAAUGCUCCAGUGGUGGUUUAUAUUUCAAGAUCGCUGAUUCGCUCAUUUCGCUGUUAAUCAAAAAGGGAUUCAGCCUCAGACAGAUCAUCCAAUCAUCAUGCAGAAGCCCAGCGUCCAGGACAGCCAAGGCCAGCCCACUGCCCCAUAGACCCCCAGAGACGCUGAGUGUCUGAUGGGCGGGACAAAACCGAGCAUUUAUCCAAUGACUGUCUAGUUUCGCUGCAGUGGAACAGCCCACUCUAUUCUUCCCCAUUCAAGUCUUUGGACGCUGAGCUUCCACUGUUUAAUGCACUGUGACGCUACAGGAAUGAAUGAGAAUAAAGUCGCGUCAGUGACCUGUGAUAAGUAGAUGAUUCUGAACAAAAGUUGAACGCAUUCUAGCGCAUAUUUAGUCAAUGAAAUGUAAACACAACAGUACAUAUUGGACCACUUAUUUUUUGACAUUUUAGGGGAAGCUGAGCUUCCCUUGCAGUCUUAAAGCAACCGCCACUGGUUUAAACGUUCAAUUCCUUGUGACAAUGGAUGUGUAUCUCAAAAGAAGAAGACCUGACACAGUGUCCCAGAACAUCAACAACCAACACACCCAGGAUACCUUGCACGUUGUAUGUGGACGUGGAAAGUGCAUGACCAAAUGUCAAUAUGUAUAUAUAUAGCACUUCAAGAAAGAGGAAAAUCUGUACUUUUGAUUUGGAGGUGAACUGUCCCUUUAAGUAGGGAAGGGAUCUGACGAAGGAAGCAUGCAUCUACUGCUAACUCACCUGGGACCACUGAGCUAGCUAAUGUUACAGCUCAUAUCUCAUACAUAUCUCGUGCUGUCAUGAACACAAGCCUCUUGUCUAUGAGUGGAUACAUGCUUCCUUCUGUACGAUAAUACAGUUUGGUAAAAAGGAAAUUGUUCUUACAUGAAACUGCUUACAACAAGGUCCGUGGAUUAUCUUGAGUAACCGGCUCAUGAUGAGGAAAAACGUGUUAUUUUAUUUUAGGAUGAACUGUCUCUUUAAGAAGGUUUUGCAGUGUGCUCACACUGGGGGAAAGUAACUCAGAAAAGUCACCAUGACAUUACACACUCUAGAACUUUUGUCAUGACAGAUAUUUUGACUUGUCAUAGAAGGAGGAGCACAGGUGAAGCUAAUUUAAUCAACAAUGGCUCAGUUCCAUCAGGUGUCCCAGUGAGCCAGCGUGCACAGUACCAGGACCCUGGAACCAUCUCAUCUAUAUGGAAUGCAGCCGUUUUUAAUUUGAUCAAUUAUACCUGCUGCUUUUCCAACCACGACGUGCCAGAAUGUCUGCUGUGAAAAUGGUCUAUUGUACGGCACAAUUCAAUGCUCAAGUGAAAUUGACAGGCUGCUCACAGGUGCAAAAAAAAAAAAAAAAAGUAAUAGCCACAAAGUGCAGCUGAGGCUGAUGGGAAUGUCAUUAAUUUUGCAGGUUUUUGGUUAUAAACCCCACAGUAAUUUGACCCAGUGAUGGAGCUAGGAGAAUAAUAAGGAGAUAACCAAAGUUAUUUGGAUACAUCCUCAAGGAAGCAUGGAAAUCUGAAGCAAAUUUCAUGACAAUCCAUCCAAUAGUUGUUGAGAUAUUUCAGUCUGGACCAAAGUAGUGGACUGUGUCAUUAGCAUGACUAAAAAUAUGUAUUAAACCUUUGAAAAACAUUUUGUUUCUCUUUGUGAAAUUUAAUGGGAAGUGGCUUUUAAAAGUAGCAGUGUGACUGACAUCUGGUGGUGCACAUUUUGUAUCAUUUCCUGGUUAAUGGUAAAGUAUGUUGAUUUAUUUUUGUAUACUAAUGAUAUGACAAAUAACACACACUGAAUACAGUUAGUAUGUAGUAUCAAAUGAUCUCCUUGUUAAUGCCAGCCAGUGAUCACAAUAGAGCCUGACAGAUACUGGAUGUUUAAUUGGGCUGAUUCUGACAUCAAUAACAAAAGAGAAGCACGUCAUCCGAUAUUUGUUUCUCAACAUAAACACAAAUAUUUUUAUAUGGAUACUGAAAUUUCUUAGUUUAAAGGGGUGCUACAGUGAUUCAGCAUGUCCAUAAAGAUAGGAGACUUAGACUGAAAAAUAAUGAGGUCAAGAUACCUAACUUUUAUUCCCUGGUCCCUAUGACCUACAAUUCCCAUGAUGCAACAGGACAGCAUCUUUCAUUUAACCCUCCAUGCUUGGUAAACACCUGCCUUUUUGUCCACACCUCCAGAUUGUUACCUUUCUCUUUCUAGUAAUGUAGUACUUUUGAAUUCAUUUUAUAGCCCCCAAGCCUUAGUGAGAUAACACUGAUGACAUUACCAUGACAUCAUCAGGAUUGUUUUAAAACUUGACAACGCUCCCGCAGAGCCACAGAAGAAACUGUACAGCAGUUUUCACAGGCUGAUUAUGAUGAGUAAACCGAACUGAGUGCGU